CCGCUAGACGGCGCCACUAGUCACCGAUAUUUUAUAAACAAAAAAAUGUUGCUUUUUCUCAUUUCCUUUUUAUUGUCCGUAAAUGUGAUUUCCUGUGAGUACAGAGAUAAUUUCCACGAGGAGUUGUUCAUCAAGCCCCUGCCCAGUGGCCAUGUAAACACAUUCUUUCAAUUCACCACGAAAUGGCAGUACAGUGAGAAAGAAAAUCUUCAUCACACACACCUUGCUCCACGUUCCAUUGCGGAGAUUUUCUACGUGUACAGCCUUCGGGAACUUCAUGUGAGUCUCACAAAUGUCUUGUGGAGGUAUGAAAGUUGGGGUUAUCCGGUGAUUGAUGCGGCUCCGGGUGCUGAAGUGUGGGCCUGGUUUGCGCAGGAGGAACAGAAUACCCCGGAGAAGAUUGAUGAGCAAUGGAGGAAGCUUGUUGCGACACUUUCGGGUCUUCUGUGUGCCUCAUUGGGCUUUAUUGAUGACACCAACACCGUUCAGCCGCAUUACACAAUCCGGCCGCAAUUUUACGCCUCCGCCCCGCUCAAUUCGACUUACGUGAGGUACUCAACACUCCCCCAUGAGGUUGUUUGUACGGAGAAUCUUACACCGUGGAAGAAGCUCUUGCCGUGUGGGCACAGUGAGGGAUUCCUGUCGCUCUUGAACUCCAAUCACAUCCAUUCCACAAAUUACCAUUCCCUGGGUAUCCACGUGAGGCAGCUGAAUCCUGGGAAGGGGACGGGGAAGUUGCUGGAAAUUAAGCAAACUGUCAAUUUGGUUUAUGAUCAAAUUCUUCUGGGUGGACAAGAUUGGUCAGUGAGGAAGCUCUUUGGGCAGGGUCUGAGUGGAUCCUGCCCAUUGGCUGAAUCCAGCAAAAUCUACCUGGAUGUCACGCAUUCGCAGCAAUUUGACUUUACCCCCUCCCCAGAGGUCACAGUGACAUCCAAAAGGGGUGGCAUUGAGACUUCCUUCGCUGUGUACGAUAUAAAGAAGGAAAUUCCCGGAAGGAUGUUCAAUUUGGCGGCUGUCCGGAAGCCCGAUGCUAAGCCUGCUGUGACUCUAAUUUCACCGCCACCACUGUACGCUAAGAGGUACAUUCUGGGUGUUGGUCAGGAACGUGGGAGGAUCGUUACAAAGGUCAUCAAUACACAUUGGGCAGAAUUGAAUGUUAUUGUCCAGGAGAAUAUCCCGUGGUUUGUACCAGUCUACCUCCACACGUUAUCCCUAAAGCUCCCAAAUGGGCAGCAGAUUAAGCCAGCAGCUGUAAAGUACAUCCCUGGGCAGCAGAGACGUCGUGCAUAUCACCUGGAAGUUGCUUUUCGGCUUCCAGCUCGAACAACCGUCGAAAUGUCCAUUCACUUCGACUACAUCUUCCUCAAAUGGCAGGAAUACCCUCCGGAUGCCAAUCACGGACACUACUUGGGCUCAGCCAUUGUUGCAGCACAACUCCCCGUUGCCCGUAACUACACAGGCGUCCCUGUUGAUGGAUCUCUCUUCGUGGACAGCUUCAAUGCCUCCCGGCCGGGGUACUACGUUCAAAUCCGCACGGAAUCCCUCCUCCUGACACUCCCUGUGCCUGAUUUCAGCAUGCCCUACAAUGUUAUCUGUCUAGCCUGCACCGUGGUUGCAUUAGCCUUUGGACCCAUUCACAACAUGUCCACAAAGCGCAUUGUGAUCGUCGUCAAGGAAGCUCCAAAGAGCAUCUGGACGACUAUCAGGGAGAAGGUGGGAUUUGGCGGAAAGGGCACAAAGGCGGUUGAAGGUAAAGAAAACCAAAGUCACGAGAAGAGUGAAUAAAGAAAAUAAAUUAGAAAGACUACAAAA